UCUGUAGACAACUUCACGUUAUCUAUUUGCAAUACAGCCGCAGAGCAGUACCGACAACGGACAAACGUGCACAUAAAAUUUAGACGUAAUAGCUAUAGUGUCACUCCUCAUACUAUAUUUUAAUAUUUUGCCAUUUAAAUUUUUAUUCCUCCCAUGUUUUUGUUGUUUAAGUGUUAAGUGAAUUUAUCGUUAAAUAAACAAUGUAUUGUGCCGUAAUUUUGUAUACAAAUUGAAGCAAUUACGUAAUGGGAAUUAUGCUAGAGAGGUUUUUCGUAUUGCCCUAAAAUCCAACAUGGCCGCUGACACAGGAAUGGAUACUUGCCCCAGUCCGGAUCCGGAAAUUUCGGAUUCCAGAAAACGUCCACUCGAUGGUGACUCGGAAAAUGGGGACAUCAAGAGGUCUCACUUCAGCUCGGUUCAAGAUUUGGUGACGGCCUUGCCCAUGGCUAACGGCCAUGCCAAUCCGUCUCAUUUUGCCGUGGAGCCGACGUAUCACUUCAAGGUUCUGGUGCCGUCCAUGGUGGCCGGCGCCAUCAUCGGCAAGGGGGGUGAGACCAUCGCGCAGCUACAGAAGGACACCGGUGCCAGAGUCAAAAUGUCCAAGUCACACGAUUUCUAUCCUGGCACGACGGAGCGGGCCUGCCUGAUAACGGGCUCGGUGGAGGGCAUCAUGGUGGUGCUGGACUUCAUCAUGGAGAAGAUCAAGGAGAAGCCCGAGCUAGUUAAACCCUUCCCCGAGGGAGUGGACGCCAAAAUGCCCCAGGACAGAGACAAGCAGGUGAAGAUCCUAGUGCCGAACUCGACGGCGGGCAUGAUCAUCGGCAAGGGCGGCAACUACAUCAAGCAGAUCAAGGAGCAGAGCGGCAGCUACGUCCAGAUCUCGCAGAAGGCCAAGGAGCUCUCGCUGCAGGAGCGGUGCAUCACCGUCGUCGGCGAAAAGGAGAACAACAAGAAGGCAUGCCUGAUGAUCCUGCAGAAGGUGGUGGACGACCCGCAGUCGGGGUCCUGCCCCAACGUGUCGUACGCCGACGUCGCCGGCCCCGUCGCCAACUACAACCCCACCGGCUCCCCCUACGCCGUCGCCACGGAGGUGACAGAGAGUCACGCGCUGGGCGCGGGCGUGGGCGGCGUGGGCGUGGGCGGGGUGGGCGUGGGCGGCGUGCUCGUGAACGGGUCGGGUCUGGGCGCGCUGGCGCUGUCGCUGUCGCUGGCGCCGCCCGGCACGCCGCCCUCGCAGCCGCUGACGCAGCACACGCUCGAUCACAUUAAGGCGGCGUUGCGGCAGGCGGGCCACUCGGAGGGCGGGCUCAGCGAGAUCGGCGCGGCGCUGGCGCUGCUGGUGAAGCACGGCGUGCUGGGGCUGGCGCUGCCCACGGCGCUGCCCGCCGCGCCCCUCCCCCCCGCCUACUUCCCCCUCCCCACCCAGGACUCCCAGGUCUUCGGCCCGCUCGCCCAGGUGCAGCUGGGCUCGGCACUGGUGACGUUGGCAGGCGGCGCGCGCGGCGGCUCGUUAGAGCGUUUCGCGGAGGUUGCAUUCGAGGCGCUUCGGCCCGCAGCCGUGGCGCCCAUCUCGCUGUCGGGCGGCGUGGGCGGCGUGCCCUUCCCCUCCGCCGCCGGCCUGCUGCCCCUGUCCAAGAGCCCCACGCCCGCCGACGCCGGCGCCAAGGACUCCAAGAACGUCGAGAUCCCCGAGGUCAUCGUGGGAGCCAUCCUCGGUCCCGGCGGGCGCAGCCUGGUGGAGAUCCAGCAGAUGUCGGGCGCGAACAUCCAGAUCUCGAAGAAGGGCACGUUCGCGCCGGGCACGCGCAACCGCAUCGUCACCAUCAGCGGCACCGGCACCGCCAUCGGCAGCGCGCACUACCUCAUCGAGCAGAAGAUCCAGGAGGAGGAGCUGAAGCGCACGCGCCACACCGCGCUGUCCGGCCUGCUGCAGUAGCGGCCCCCCGGCGCCGGCAGCCAGCAGCCCGCAGCUAGUCACUCGCAGCCGCCAGUUACCUGAUAGUUAGUCGCCGAGCCCCGAGGGGUCCGGCCUCACCGAACUCGGUGUAUCAUAUUAUUAUUAUUAAUAUUAUUAUUUUAUAUUUUAUUUUUUGACAUAAACUAGUACGAUGUGCAAUGCGAUAAUAUAAUGUAAUGUAGUGUUAUGAGUUGUUCGGUGACUCGUCCGGCACGGGCCCGCGGCUCGUGCGCGUGACGUACGUCGGUUGUUUUCAUUCCUCGUUUCUCGCGGUUAUAGAUCUUUAUUUUUUAUACGUUUAUAUAGUAUUCGUUUGUGUUCUCGCCGGGCGAGUGGUCGUAGUCGUUUUUCGGUCUAAAUUUAUGUCUCGAUCGAGUACAAUUUUAAAUGAUAAUAGAGAGAUUCGUGUCCAUAAUAGAGUAUAUUUAAAGGUUUUAACUCAGAGUUAUAUAUAUUACGAGAGGACAAUAUUAUAAAGUUUUAUUUACAGUUACGAUUAAAGAUGUAGGGCGCCGGGGGCCCGGGCCCCGGGCGCCCGUCGCGCCGGCCGCCCGCGCUCGGGCUCCGCCCCGGGGCGCGGGCGGCCGGCGCGCGCGGUAAUAUGCUGUGAUUGUGUUGACACUGUCGAGGUACAUCGUACGCGCGGUAGUUUCAGUUCGCUUACCUCAGGAGUGCCAUCGUACGCCGCGCUGUCCGCAGCGUCGAGUACAAACUUAAUAUCCGUGAUAGAUAUAUAGAUACGAAACGGCUCAAACGAGCGACGCACGGGCGUCAUAGGUGUAGGGAAGGAAUUGAGGGAGCGUCGCGUCCUCGCGCCCGACGGCCGCCGACGCCUCGCGAGCCGCGGCCGGUCUAUUAUACGUGUUAUGUAGGUACAUUGCGGUAGUUUCAUUGAAGUAGUUAGAACUAGGCUAUAUUCAAUCUUAUUAUGUAGGUACACUUCGACAUCGCGUCUCCUGUCUCGCGCGCCCGGGGGCGUGCUCGGAUAUCGUCCUGUGUCAAUUAUGCGGCCCGCGUCGCCGUCAAUACGAGGUAGUGAACACGUCAAUUAUAUACACGCAGUGUGCGGGCGCGCCCCGCCCCCGCGCCGGGCGCCCCGAGUCGGAGCUCCAUCCGUCUGUCGCCUCUAUCUUUCUAAGUCCCCUCGUUUUUCCUUUUCUCGCUAGUUCGACUCGUCCCCGCGACGUCGUCGGCGCCCCGCGGGGAGCACGUCGGCCUCCCGCGGCGUCGAGUCUGUAGGUAGUCCGGUCACACGAAACCGAGGAACGUUCGGGAACGCGUGGGUAGCAACGAUUUCCGGGCGCCGGAUUAGUGUUACUGUUGGUUGUUAUAACUGCAGAUGUUGUUACAAUAUUGAGAGUAUAUUGUCGCGGUGGUCCGGGGGGGCCGCCCCCCGCCUCGCUCCGGUUGUGCUCCGUCGCUCGCCGCCGGAGGAUUUCGAUGUCGUAGGCUAAGGUAGCUAGUUAACCCGCGCCGGGCCGGCCGCCCGGCCCCCGGCGCGCCUCACCCUCCUUCUAAUUUUAAUAGCUAAAUGUUGUUAAAUUUGUUGAUAGAGUGGUUUAUCGUGAUUACUCGUAGGUAGCGUAGUCCGAGGAGGUCCGGAAGGCUGUGCGUUAGGAACUCAACACCGGCCGGCGCCGCUCGCUCGCCGCCCCGCAUCUGUAUAUAUAUUCGUUUCAUUCGUCUCUCCUCGCUCAUCGUCAUCAAUUUAUUAAGACUGAGGAAUCAACUCGCGCAUAUCGACGUCGCCGUCGCCUGCCCGCCCGCCGCUCGCCGCGCGCCGGCGGGGGCAGGCGGGCAGGGGUCGCUGCGACAUAUCGUUUCGUCAUCGGGAGUCUCUCGGUUCAUGCGGCGCGGCCGCGGCGCGGCGGCGGCGAGGCGCGCGCCCGCUGACCCCGUGCGAACUCGCCAGGGUUUGUUUUACUAUUGUUAUGCAUAAUACGAUUGACUUUGUAAAUUAUAUUUUAUCUCCUUGUUGUUGUUGUGGGCUGCAGGCGGGUAGCGGGGGUAGUGGGGGAAGGUCGUCCGGGUUCGCACGUGCUGGGUCGGCGGGCGGCGCCGCUCGCGGCCGGCCGGCUUCGUGGUCACCUUUACACAUGUUGAGAUUGAUAAUAUGUUAAACUAAUUCUAUUGAAUUAUAAUUGUUGCAUAUGUAAGUGUAACGUGAUGCGUUAUAUGAUGUGUUAUAUAUUAUAUUCGUUGCCGCGAUCGUUCCGACCGGGAACGUAAAAUAUUUUAAUUAUUGAUUAUUUUAUUAUUUUGUUAAACGGGUCUGCAAGAGUUAUAAUAUAAUUAUCGAACGAUAGUAGUAUGCAAUGUUUUAAAUUCGCUAUAUUUUAGUCAAAGUUUAUUAUUUAGUUGUAUCGAGAUGGUUUUCCGAUGUUCUGUUGUUUUGCAAUGUAGUAUGAUAUAGGAGGAGUACCGUGUUAGUGUUAAAGCUCGAAAACCAAUUAAAGGGUACCUUGAACAUUGUCUAUAAUUAUAUUAACAUUAAAUAAAUGCAAAAUAAAUU